CAACCGCUCCUCCGUCCGCCGCUGCACUUCUCGGUCUUGAUCGUCAACUCGCCCGCAAGACACCAAGAUGGCUGACUCCGACUCCCCCGUCACCCUGCGCACUCGCAAGUUCAUCCGCAACCCUCUGCUUGGCCGCAAGCAGAUGGUCGUGGAUAUCCUCCACCCCAACCGUCCUAACAUCUCCAAGGACGAGCUCCGCGAGAAGCUGGCCACCCUCUACAAGGCCACCAAGGACCAGGUCAACGUCUUCGGUCUCCGCACCCAGUUCGGUGGUGGCAAGACCACUGGCUUCGCCCUCGUCUAUGACUCCCCCGAGGCCAUGAAGAAGUUCGAGCCCCACUACCGUCUUGUCCGUGUCGGCCUUGCCUCCAAGAUCGAGAAGGCUUCCCGCCAGCAGCGCAAGCAGCGCAAGAACCGCCAAAAGACCCUCCGCGGCACUGCCAAGGUCAAGGGUGCCAAGCCCAAGAAGGAGAAAUAAGCGUAUCGCUCUCCUUGGUGCUUUGUCGUCCUUCUCUUCUAUCUCACCGGGUGUUUGCCAGGCUGUGCAUCCUUUUUUACAGUGCAUCUGGGGCUUCCUCCGGCAGUCGAUCUGCCGCCUGCAAACCUAGUCAGCAUUUGGGAUCCAUUUGGAGGCGUGACGGUUGGGCUUUCAGGGAUUCUGGCGACAUAGCAUACAAUUCAGGGGUGUUUUGCGUGGCACAAAAACAAGAUGAUCAACA